GGCGGGGCCGGAGGUUUCGAUUAGUUGUCUCUGCCUCUGGGGAAGGUAUAUCGGCGACGGCGGCUUCGGGAGCUGUGGGGUCCCGGGCUGGGGGACUCGGCGGGAAUGGAUAUACUGUAGUGAAGAGUCCUUUUCCACAAGCUGCUCAGUUUUGAGAAGAAGCCUAGAAAAUACAACUACUGGAUUUCCUCUGUUUUAAGAUCUUCAAAUACCAAAAGAGAUAAAACAGCUUGGGGUGCUUUGGAUUCCCUCUCUGAGUUCUAUUCUGCCUGAUUUUAGCCAGGGACUCAUUUAAUAUUUCAGUAUUAAAAGGAGUAUGUGAAAAUUCCUGCCAACCAUUGAGAAUUUCUUCCUUUGGACAUUUUUUCUUCUACUUACUACAUAACUUUCUUGGAAGUUCCUUUUUUGGUGCCAUGUUUUGUGGCUUACAUCAAAGGAGGAGUUUGUCUUCAUGAAGAUUCCUAACAUUGGUAAUGUGAUGAAUAAAUUUGAGAUCCUUGGGGUUGUAGGUGAAGGUGCCUAUGGAGUUGUACUUAAAUGCAGGCACAAGGAAACACAUGAAAUUGUGGCAAUCAAGAAAUUCAAGGACAGUGAAGAAAAUGAAGAAGUCAAGGAAACGACUUUACGAGAGCUUAAAAUGCUUCGUACUCUCAAACAGGAAAACAUCGUGGAGCUGAAGGAAGCCUUUCGUCGGCGGGGGAAAUUGUACCUGGUGUUUGAAUAUGUCGAAAAAAAUAUGCUUGAAUUGCUGGAAGAAAUGCCAAAUGGAGUACCACCUGAAAAAGUAAAAAGCUAUAUCUAUCAACUAAUCAAAGCUAUUCACUGGUGCCAUAAGAACGAUAUUGUCCACAGAGAUAUAAAACCAGAAAAUCUCUUAAUCAGCCACAAUGAUGUUCUGAAACUGUGCGACUUUGGUUUCGCACGGAAUCUGUCAGAGGGCAAUAAUGCUAAUUAUACAGAAUAUGUGGCCACCAGGUGGUAUCGAUCCCCAGAACUUUUACUUGGAGCUCCCUAUGGGAAGUCUGUAGACAUGUGGUCAGUGGGCUGUAUUCUUGGGGAGCUUAGUGAUGGACAGCCCUUAUUUCCUGGAGAAAGCGAAAUUGACCAACUUUUUACUAUUCAGAAGGUGCUAGGACCACUUCCAUCUGAGCAGAUGAAGCUCUUCUACAGUAAUCCUCGGUUCCACGGCCUCCGGUUUCCAGCUGUUAACCAUCCUCAGUCAUUGGAGAGAAGAUACCUUGGAAUUUUAAAUAGUGUUUUACUUGACCUGAUGAAGAAUUUACUGAAGUUGGACCCAGCCGACAGAUACUUGACAGAACAAUGUUUGAAUCACCCUACUUUUCAAACCCAGAGACUUUUGGAUCGAUCCCCUUCAAGGUCAGCAAAAAGGAAACCUUAUCAUGUGGAAAGCAGCACGUUGUCUAAUAGAAACCAAGCCAGCAAAGGUGCUGCUUUACAAACUCACCAUCGAUCCAACAGCAAGGACAUUCAGAAUCUAAGCGUGGGUCUGCCCCGGGCUGAUGAAGGCCUUCCUGCCAAUGAAAGCUUUCUGAAUGGUAACCUUGCUGGAGCUACUCUUAGUCCAGUUCACACCAAAACCUACCAAGCAAGCACCCAGCCUGGAUCUUCCAGCAAAGAUCUCACCAACAACAAUAUGCCACACCUUCUUAGUCCAAAAGAAGCCAAAUCCAAAACAGAGUUUGACUUUAAUAUUGACCCGAAGCCCUCAGAAGGCCCAGGCACAAAGUACCUGAAGUCCAGCAGUAGAUCUCAGCAGAACCGGCAUUCGUUCAUGGAAAGCUCUCAGAGCAAAGCUGGAACACUGCAGCCCAGUGAGAAGCAGAGUCGGCACAGCUAUAUCGACACCAUUCCCCAGUCCUCCAGGAGUCCCUCCUACCGGACCAAGGCCAAAAGCCACGGGGCAUUGAGUGACUCCAAGUCUGUGAGCAACCUUUCUGAAGCCAGGGCCCAAAUUACAGAGACCAAUACCAAUAGGUACUUUCCAUCCAGCUGCUUGGACUUGAACUCUCCCACCAGCCCAACGCCCACCAGGCACAGUGACUCGAGAACUUUGCUUAGCCCUUCAGGGAGAAAUAACCGAAAUGAGGGCACACUGGACUCACGCCGAACCACAACCAGGCAUUCAAAAACCAUGGAGGAAUUGAAGCUGCCUGAGCACAUGGACAACACCCAUUCCCACUCACUGUCUACACCUCACGAAUCCUUUUCUUAUGGGCUGGGCUACACCAGCCCCUUCUCCUCUCAGCAGCGUCCUCACAGGCAUUCCAUGUAUGUGACCCGGGACAAAGUGAGAGCCAAAGGCUUGGAUGGAAGCCUGAGUAUAGGGCAAGGGAUGGCGGCCAGAGCCAACAGCCUGCAGCUCUUAUCACCCCAGGUACAGCCUGGAGAACAGCUUCCUCCAGAGAUGACCGUGGCAAGACCUUCUGUUAAAGAGUCCUCCAGAGAAGGCACCUCUUCAUUCCAUACCCGUCAGAAAUCUGAGGGUGGAGUAUAUCAUGACCCACACUCUGAUGAUGGCACAGGCCCCAAAGAAAACAGACACCUGUACAAUGAUCCCGUCCCAAGGAGAGUUGGCAGCUUUUACAGAGUGCCAUCUCCAAGACCAGACAAUUCUUUCCAUGAAAAUAAUGUAUCAACUAGAGUUUCUUCUCUACCAUCUGAGAGCAGUUCCGGAACCAGUCACUCAAAGAGACAACCAGCAUUUGAUCCAUGGAAAAGUCCUGAAAAUAUUAGUCAUUCCGAUCAACUCAAGGAAAAGGAGAAACAAGGUUUUUUCAGGUCAAUGAAAAAGAAAAAGAAGAAAUCUCAAACAGUACCCAAUUCUGAUGGCCCUGAUCUUCUGACAUUACAGAAAGCUCUUCACUCUGCUAGCACUUCAAGCAGCAGACCAAAGGAGUGGCGCCCUGAGAAACUAUCAGAUAUACAGACCCAAAGCCAGCCAUUAAAAUCGCUGCGCAAGCUGUUACAUCUCUCUUCAGCCUCAAAUCACCCAGCUCCCUCAGAUCCCCGUUUCCAGCCCUUAUCAGCUCAACAAACCAAAAAUUCCUUCUCAGAAAUUCGGAUUCACCCCCUAAGCCAAGCCUCUGGUGGGAGCAGCAACAUCCGGCAGGAGCCCACACCAAAGGGCAGGCCAGCCCUCCAGCUGCCAGGUCAGAUGGAUCCUGGUUGGCACGUGUCCUCUGUGACCAGGAGUGCCACAGAGGGGCCUUCCUACUCUGAACAGCUGGGUGCCAAGAGUGGGCCAAAUGGGCAUCCUUAUAACAGAACAAAUCGCUCACGAAUGCCAAAUCUGAAUGAUUUAAAAGAGACAGCCUUGUAAUUUGUGCUGGGGUGAGGGGAGGGGGAACAAGCCAGUUGGGAGGGGAGGGCGUGGGGUGGGCUAGGGAAUAGGCUGGGCCUGGGUUGUAUUGUAAGCCAGUAUUCUCAGCUUUAUGAAGGUGUGUGCAAUAUUGUAUGUGUGGGGCCAUCUGGCUCCUCACAGCUACAAAUGCCAGUCAGGGAUCUUAGAGCCAAGGGAGUUCCUUAGGGAUCGCCGCUCCCCACAGGUCUUGUGUGAGAAUGGAUAGAGUGUACCACUGAGGAAGAAGAGAUUCUUGCCAAUUUCUCCCCUUUACAUUCCAGCUUUAGUGCAAUCUCUGUUGAACUUGGGAAAGCCAGGACAUGUCCUAGCACUGCAAGGGAUAGAAAAAUUCAUGUUGACCGAUGCCCUUACCACAUAUUUUUUUCUGUGUAGACUAAAUGUGGGGUUUAUUGUAAUCCAAGAGUAUCCCUUUGAAGGGUUAGCAGAUAAACUGUAUGUCUUAAAUUGUUUUCUAAGCUUCCACAUUUGAUAGGAUUUGUAACAUUUAUUUAUAAUUAAUAUUGUACUGUUAUAAUCAUACCUUUUAUGUUAUAAUGUAAAGUUAUUUUGAGCUGUUUGGAACAUUGUGAAGCAGUGGGACAGCUACAGUAGUUUCUAUAAAAACUAAUCAGUAACAUUUAUAUAUUGCAUCAGGAGUAUUUUAUUCUAUAUAUAUAAAUAUAUAUAUGGUAAAUGUCUGUUUUAUAAAUAUAUUCAUUUAAAGAAAGUAUUGUUAUGACACUAUCUGCCAUAUUUUUAUACAUUUGUGAUAUGAAGUGAGUAUUAUACUCCUAAUAAAGGGAGUUGAAUUGUGGCUACAUGUGACUGUAACAGUAUGAACCUUGCUCAACUAUUCAGCCCCAGCCUCUAGAUGUGAUCCUUAGUAGCAAACAAAAUGCAGCAUCUCUUUCCGGACCCACAAGGGAAGAAGGUCGGAUAGACCAGUGAGGAUCCCCACGGGCCUUGUUUUCCAUCCUCACACUUGGCUCCCAUUAUGUCCAGGGACAUGAGGGGAGAUAGAGGCAUUGCUCUCAUGAGUCUUUUAGAGAGAAUGUGCUCUUUCACUUAACAUUAGUGUAGAGAGUAGACCAAAGAUUUGCCUGCGAACAUUCCCUGUCGUGAGGGUUUAAGAGGCACCUGUCUGCAGAUCUUGCAAACCAGCUCUAUGCUCCUGAAUACUGUCUGCCCUCCUGGAGACUCUUGGCUCCAGGAGGGACGAGAUAUGUGUGUGGCAUUUCUACUUGUAAAUGCUUUUUCUGUUACUGCUCUUUGUGAUAUACUUAAAAGGCUCCUGAAGCAAUUCCAGAUGUAGAGAAAAUUGAUUACAUAUAUAUAAUAUAUAUAUAUAAUAUGUAUAUAUAUCCGGUUUUUUCUUCCUGGGACUGUCCAUUUACAACAAGGUCAUCAUGCGCACCUGUAUAUACACACACCACUCCAUCAGAACAGUACCUGUGUUUCCCCUCAUCUGAUCACUUUCAUAUCUCAAGUAACUCCUGAGUUACUCCAAGUAUCAUCAAGGCCUUUGGCCAGCAAGUAUCACAUACGCCUGUGUCUCUGGGCCAUUCUUGACAGAAGUCACCUCAACACCAUCAUAUAUCAAUCAGUAGUAUUAGAUAUUUGGAAGUAGUCUCUUAGAAAUAAGACUUUUAGCAGUUCCUCCCACCCCUCAAAGAGGUAACUUCUCAGUAUUUAUUACUCAUUCCAGAAUUCUGAGAGGGCCAGCCCCUGAAGCAAGUCAACUGUCAUUGAAAAUGCUGAGUUACCUUUUACCCUCCCCCAAGAUUUUGAGAAUCUUAGGUCUGAUGAUUAUGAAGAUUAUAAAGAAAAAAUGUCUUAGAUUCUUUGAAGCUUAAAUUGUGUGCAUAUUGCAUUUUUAUAUAAAUACUAUAAUGUGUAUUGAUUAUAUAUAGAGGUCAUUUUAAGGUGCUUUUUAUUUAAUUUUAAUAAGUAUAAUAGGCACUAAGAUGAAACUCAACUGGGUACUAUCACUGAAACAAUUUGAUUCAAUAGUUUUGCAUGCUCUCGUUCUUUUUCUAUCUUUUUUCUUUUACCAGUUCAGUACCGUUUGGGUAGCUCUGAAUUCUGGCUUUUCCCAGGCAGCUGCUUGAUUAUUCAAGUGAGGUAGACCCUCAGCAGUUUUUGUCUGGAUAUAGUGACUCUUAAAAGGUGUAUAUUUAACUGUUCUUUUUCAUACUGAAUCUGUACCUUGUUAUCCCCCUUGCAAACCAGAAACUACAUUUUUUCUCCUCUGGAAAGACUUCUCACUGUGCUGUGUGCUUAGAAACUGCGAGGUCCCGUUGCCAUACUGUGGCAUUUGAGGCUCGUUGUCACCUGGGGCCUGGUUUCCCAUGUUGUCACCCUUGCUAACACUGGGAUCCCAGAUGUUUGCAGAACAUUUAUAUUCAUGACAGUUCUUCAAAGAAGGGCUAGAAUAAUUGCCUUCUACCUAUAACAAACUAAACCUAACUGAUGAGUCAAUAUAUACUUUUUCGUACAUUCCCAGAUUUGAGCCAGAAAAUAGCUACAUUUUCAACUAGUGUUUUCGGGGUAGCUCUUUUAUCCUCUUAGCUUUUGUCCCUUCUGACUUUUCAUUGAUCCUCAAUAAGCUAUAAGUGAACCUACAGUCGGCAUUUCUAGCAUGUCAUUCUCUUUCUGCUCCUGCUCGCAGGGUAGAAUGUGGGGGGUGUGAAGUUUCCUCUCAGAUCUAAUGGGCCCUCUCUUAGCUUUGAACUGUUGCUUUCCCCUCGGGUUGAUGAAGUUAUUGACCUCACAAAAACUAUGAUCCAUGCAUGGUAGGAAGGACUUGACCUAAAGUCACAACAAAUUGCAUUUUCUCUAGGAAGAGAAAUUUAUGACAUCCAUGUUCUAUUAUCUGCCCUAACCUCCUAAGAGGUACAAGGGUUAAAUGAACACUUAUGAAUUACUUUGUUUUAUGAAAGUACCACUGAUCUCCUUUUGAAAAGCAGAUCGGCUUCUCUGUUUUUUUUACUUUUGCUUCUCUACCAUCUACCUUUUUCUUCUCUAAAGGUCUGAGUGAACUUUAACUGGGCCUUGUUCAGUCUUGACUGAAGCUCUGCCUCUCGCAGAGCCCAAUGCCAGAAGGGAGUGCUCCAUGCAAGGGGGCUCGAGUGAGCUGUCUCUAUAGCAAGCGUUACCCCUCCAGGGGCAGUUUUGUCCCCCAGAACACAUCUGGCAAUGUCUGUAGACAUUUGGUUGCCACUAGGGGCAUCCAGUAGGUAGAGGCCAGGGGUGCUGCUGAACAUCCUGCAAUGCACAGGACAGCCUCCCAAACACAAACUGAUCCAGCCCUGAACAUCACUAGUGCUAAGGUUGAGAAACCCUGCUCUAUACCAUUCCAGGCCUGCACCACCACCAAGUCUGCAGCACUUGGCUCUGGCUUUGUUCUUUCCAGGGCAUAGAACUGCAAGUAUGAAUUCUUCAAUGUCACAUUCUCUUAAAAAAUCUUCUGCCACUAUUCUUAAGUUCUUGGUAUCCUGUUUGUUCAUUUCCAUUGUCUUGGGCCUGCUAAAAGGUACAUACUUUGGGAGGAACCCAGAGUUACUUUAUAUGUAUUUGAGAAUUUAAAUCCUAGGUUAGCAUCCUUAGAAAAUCUCUCAUAGAGCCAUGAGGCUUAUUUUUAGAAGCAAGCAGCAGCCUGGCAGAUUGGCAUGAUUUUUACCAACUGCUCAAAGGCGUCCAUGGCUUUUAGCUGUGUCUACCGAAAGAAAAUGUCUUUUUUGUUCAUUCAAGUCAUUUAAUAGCUCUUUACAAAUAUUAGCAUAUGGCAGACCAAUUAAAAGCAAAAAACUUUAUUGGUGGUUGUGAUGUGGCUGUUAUAAAAGUAUUUUGCUGUAUGCUUUGAUUAAAUCUGCUUUAAAACAUGCUUUAAGACUCACCAUAUGCAGUUGUAUACUUUAAUUCUAAGCUCAGAGCUAUGCUGGUCAGUUUCUAGUUGCACCAUGUAUUAUAAAGUAUGUUGUGGUUGUAGAAUUAGCCAGUUUAGCAUGUUCCUAAUCUGAAAAUUAGUGGACUACACUAGGAAAUGCUAUCCCGUUUUCCUUUCUCAGCACCUCUUAGUUGAUAUCAUAGUAUCCUCACUUCUUAAACUAGUUUUUAGAGUAAAUAAGGAAAAAAGUCAUUUAUUUUCUUCUAGCCAUGUAUUGAAAGUGAUUCAUAAGUGUACAACUUUUUUUUCAAAGGCCAGAGGAUUACUUCUUGAAUGCAUAGAAGGCUCUGUCCACUUUUGUUCACCUUGGUCCCACUGAUGACAGAACUCUUUUGGCAAGGACAGUAAGCAGCUCAUCCUGAGUCACUGCUGGAGCUCAGCUGGAGCUCAGCUGGAGCUCAGUAAAUCUGCAUAUUCUCUCCUGGCCAGAACCUGUUUUCUAGAGAGCAUUGCUUUUAUAUCUACAAGUUCAUUGCUUCCUGCAUUCCAGUGGGAUGUUGAACUCUUUGUGGGUACUAAAACCCACAGACUCAUACUUCUGUGAACCCGAAAAGUAGUACAUUACACUAAACCAGGUCAGAAAAUAGUGGAAUAUUUCCUUGCCUCUUUCAUUCAUCACUAAUAAAAUGUGUAGACAGAGAAAGCGUAUUUGUGGUUUAAGAAAUAACAGUACUGUUUCUUUGAAAGGGACUAUGGAAAAGAUAGUGCAGAUGUUGUAAAUGUCCUGUCACUAACUCCCAGAACCAGAAUCUCAUAAGAAGGUUCUCACAGUGAUUUAAAAGGUCAGCUUUGAGCUAAGGCUAUAGCUCAGCGGUAAGCACUUGCCUCCCAUGCGUGAGAUCUUGGGUCCUAUUCCCGGCACCACACACACACACACACACACACACACAAAAACCAUACAUAUACAUAUACAUAUGUGUGUGUGUGUUUAUGCAUGCUGGCUUGGGAACAAAAAGAAAAAAGGUUUCCUUUGCUUCUUGAGUGGCUGAGAUAUACAGUAUUUUAAGGUAUGGCUCAGCUGAUUUAAAAAUUUUGUGUUGGAAACCAUUGAGUAAGAAGCCAUGAAAGAAAAUGAAGUCUCUCGUCUGUCUGUAUACCCUCAAUGGGGGAGAAGUCCGGUGGCUAGGAAACUCUGGGCCUGCUGCCCUAUGUGACUUUUUUAAUUGAAUGUAUUAUACAAGAUGGUAGACUUUUGUGUGAGCCAGUUACUACAGCUUCUUCAUUGCCCACAGUGCUUUCUUAAUCUAUCUGUGUCAGGCCUAGUUGGUCCCGACUGCACCUUUCUUCUCUCCACCAGGCACUGACCCACCUUUCUGUGUAUUCACUGUAGGCUAUUAAAAUGAUCCUUCCCUGCCUUGUAUUUUCAUCCAUCAUUUACUCCCAAAUUUAAGGGAGAGUUGUCUCUUGUUUUGCCAGAAAAAUGUUGUCACAGUCUGCAUGCUGGAUUUGUAGGGCCAGCAGAACUGCAGCAGUGAAACUGGUGUCCCUUCUAAGGCCCUUCAAUUCUCACAAAGGUAAGCUCUCUACACCCCCUUUGAUCCUCGGUCAUAUUUGAUCCUCCUUGGGAAUCUGAAAUCAGUCUCUGUGUUGAAUGCAGAUUAGAAGUUGCCUUGUUUGCUACUCUUCCCAUGCAGAGUAUCAGGGAGAAAGAGGCCUUAUCUGUCCCUCUGUCCCCUUCUUUUGACAGACUGCUGAGAAUCCCUCAGGACUUCCUUUGGUUUGGGAUUUCACUGCCCAAAAGGCUGAUGUGAUUCAUUUCAGGCCUAGACAAGCUUGUUCUAGUGCUCUGCUUCAGGUCUAGUCAGAAGAAACCCAGGAAUAGAAAAGGUAGAUGCCUUGACUUUUGUCCCUUUUGGGGGAUUAAAGUGUUUAUUGCCAGAGUUAUCAAAAGCUCCGGUUAAACUAUGUACAGUUUCAUGAGAAAAAUGAUGCUUUUCCUCCUGGAGAAUGUAUAAGUUCUCCACAGCAGCAUUGCUCUCCAGAAUGGAAAGCAAAGCUUGCAGAAAAUCCACUUUCCCUAAGGAUAUACAAUCAGUUCUAGUCUCCAGUCUCUGUCUCUCUCCCUUUCCUUGUUUAUACUCCUUGGUCACUGACUGAGUCAGGCUGGAGGGGUGAUGCGAUGAUGAAAGGAAGUGAAUUCUCACUGUAAACUUGUAUCGAUUAGCAGAAACAGUUAAACCAAACAAAAUAGUUACCCCGAUUCCUAUCUCCAAGAAUUGCUUUGUGCCAUUCUGAAUUCAGGUAGUUAUUCUGUAUAUAGGUAGACUACUAGUCAGAGCUUCUUCAAUCUCUAGUAAGUUUGAAGGGGGUAUCUGGGAAGACAUAGGGCAGGGUAACAUUGAGACCCUGUUCAUUCUUUAAAAACAAAAAUAGGGAUGAGACAUCCAGUUUGUAGUAGAUGAAGAAUCAUUGGAAAUUCUUAAUUGCACAGACUUUAUAAUCCAUUAUAUAAAGUGUAAUUCCAUACUUUUUAUUGUGGCAAGGGUGUGAUGUGGUUGUUAACCUUUUUAAUUUUUGAAUCCAAAUUGAAUUUAAAGUGUUGAAUACUUAAAUUCCUCACAAGCUAAUUAUGAACCAUUUGUAAAGUGUUUCUAUAACUCUUUGUAUCAUGUGUUGGUACAUCUUAUCAAGUUUUUUCUGGCAUGUAUUCCAUUCUAAACUUCUGUAAAAUUUCUAUUGUUGCUGUAAAUAUUAUACAAAUAUCUACUCCGUGGUAGUCUUCAUUAUCAGCAUGAAAUGGUUAAUUUUUACUGAGCACAAUGUAUUUUUGAAUGGAUCUUCCCAAAUGUCUUUAAUAAAAUGCAGAUUUUGCACUGACUGA